CGAGUCUACUACUACAAGCCGAGUCCCCUACAGGCGUGAUCAGCAAGAAAUACCUGGGGCAUGCAAGCCCAGAACUUUAUUGAUAUGCCACCUUAACUGCUCGAAGAUACCUAUAAAUAGGUGCCACUGCAUAGCCGGCUUUACUCCGGAUUACAUUAGAGAUGAACACUCGGCAACCUCCCAAACAUAGCUUGAACAUUGUGGACCGGCCCAUUACAAAAAGCAGAGCCGAGGUGCCUACGGUUAGCCUGAGCGCGUUUGCAUACCUCUUCAGCGAGUAUAUCCAGUAUCUAGUAGAUCGAGCUAACAGCAUAACCGAGUUGGAAGACAGACUGGAAAAGGCGGGCUUUGACGUGGGAAUCCGCGUAUUGGAGCUCCUGUCGUACCGCGAGAAGGUGUUGCGACGCAAGACGGAUGUGCUGGACAUCCUUCGGUUUAUCCACGGCCCCGCGUGGCAAUACCUGUUCGGCAAAACCGCCGACGACUUGCAACAGGCAGCCAACGCUGAUGACGAGUACUACAUCCGAGACUACGAUCUGCUGAUUUCGCGCUACAUCUCCGUACCCCGUUCGUACGAGCCGUUCAACCCGGGCACGCUGGCGGCCGGCAUCAUGCGCGGCAUGCUAGACAGCGCGGGCUUCCCGGCCAGGUGGGGUACGGGGGGGGAUAUACAUAGGAAACUGACGAGCUGUAUGAGCUGUAUGACGAGGCACAGGUGGGGCACAAGGGGGGACAGGAGAUACCGGUGGGCCAAACCACAGUUUAGGGCAAAGCAAUGGGGCUCAGAUGACCAGGGAGGGCGCUGGCGCUGGCGUGGCAAGGGUGCUGAGCACGACAUCGAGUGGUGGUAGCAUGCUGCGGGUGGUAACUGGUGGGUUGGGGGAAGGCGGCAUGCCAUGCUAAAAUGCAUCGGUCUGCUAAACCAGUGAUAUGCUUUUGCGUUUGGGGUGGUUGGGUGGUGAAGGCUCACGUUACACCGGUGUGGCCUCAUGUCCAGCAUGGACGGCACAUGCACGCGUUGUUGCCAUUACCCCUGCACUCGUUCCGCCACUCGUCCCCCUACUCGGGAUCGUUGGCUGCUGUGCUCCCCCCCUCUGACCCCCCAGGGUGACUGCCCACUUCGUGGCGCACAAGGAGCGCCCGCGCCCCAUCACCACCUUCAUGAUCAAGCUGGAGCCGGCCGUCAUGCAGCGGCAAGCGUACCUGGAGGGGGCCAGGAGGGGGUGACAGGCGGGGGUGGCAGGAGGUGGUAGGAGGAGGGGGUGACAGGCGGGGGUGGUAGUAGUGGGUGGUAGGACACACGAGGAUACAGCUACAGUUACAGUCUGCGCCCGUGUGCAGUGUGUCCGGGAGAGGAGGGCCGAGGAGAGGCUCCAGCCGGGUGGUGGAGGAGAACAUACACCAUGAGGAGGAUGGCAGUAGAAGAGAGGUAGUGCCAGACAUAGGGUUCGCCCGACAGCGCUGCUCUAAGGCAGGGAGUCCACAUCGGAAAAAAAAGGACUGCAGGUCAGCUGUCAACAUGGCUUUUUUGCGGCUGCAAGAGUUGAGGGCGGCAAGGGUUGUAGCGGAGGUGGCAUAGCAAGGCUUGUCCCGUAGCGCCAGGCCUGUUGCGCGGCGUGCUUUCCUUUAAAGGUGGGAUUGCAGCGAGAGCUUUGGAAGGAGCGUCUUAGAAGGUGGAGAGGGCGCGGAAGAGGCGCUUAAUGCAGGACGAUGUCUUAAGACGGUAUUGAAGCUUGCUUACGAGGAAGCGGCUGCGGCCGCAGUACGGCGGUUGCCUGUGCAUUUUCGGCGGAUAUUGUUUUAGAAGUGGCGACUGAGAUACAGCCCUUUCCUCUUAGCAGCCUUAUGGGCUUUUGGAGCUAAGGAGGCUACGGUGCCCGCCCCUUCUUGUAUGUAGGGCGGGCCUCGUUGGUUGAGGUGCACAGGCUUGUGGGUAUUGGCAAGUACCAAAGGAAGUCCUGUUACACGAACGGACCAAAGCAAAACGCAGGAAUGAAGGCCUUCUUCAUCCCUUGAGAGACGACAUUAAGACCAGCCUUCGCAUCGUUCUGUAAACACGCAGCCCGUUUGAGGCAUAC